ACGCUUCCGCUGGAGCCAAUAGAGAAGAAGAACAGCCAAGCGCUUCCGGGCUGCAAGGUUGUGGGUGGGCAAGAUGGCGGCGGACACCGGGAGCUGGCGCCUUUACACGCUGCUGAGAUUUUUUUAUUCACUAUUCUUUCCUGGACUGAUUAUAUGUGGAGUUCUGUGUGUAUGUUUGGUCAUUGUCCUUUGGAUAGUCAGGAGACAUCUACAGAGAAAGAAAAAGUCAGUCUCAACCAGCAAAAAUGGAAAAGAACAAAUGGUGGUUGCAUUUUUCCAUCCUUACUGCAAUGCUGGCGGUGGAGGAGAAAGAGUUCUCUGGUGCGCUUUGAAAGCCCUGCAGAAAAAGUAUCCUGAAGCCGUUUAUGUUGUAUAUACUGGUGACAUUAAUGUCAGUGGUCAACAGAUACUAGAAGGUGCUGUCAGAAGAUUUAACAUCAAGUUAACUCACCCAGUGCAGUUUGUUUUCUUAAGGAAACGCCACCUUGUGGAGGAUUCUCGGUAUCCCCACUUCACAUUGCUAGGCCAAAGCCUCGGAUCUGUUCUUCUUGGCUGGGAAGCUCUGACACAGCGUGUUCCUGAUGUUUACAUCGAUUCAAUGGGAUAUGCAUUCACACUGCCUCUGUUUAAAUACAUAGGGGGCUGCCGAGUUGGGAGCUAUGUCCACUACCCCACUAUCAGCACUGACAUGCUCUCUGUAGUGAAGAAUCAAAACACUGGAUUUAAUAAUGCAGCUUUCAUUAGCAGAAAUGCUCUUCUCAGCAAAGCAAAGCUCAUCUAUUACUAUUUGUUUGCUUUUGUUUAUGGUCUUGUUGGUUCUUGCAGUGAUGUAGUCAUGGUGAAUUCUUCUUGGACACUAAACCAUAUUCUCUCACUGUGGAAAGUUGGCCAUUGCACUAACAUUGUUUAUCCACCUUGUGAUGUGCAGACAUUUCUGGACAUCCCCUUACGUGAGAAAAAGGUGACCCCAGGACAUUUGCUGGUUUCCAUUGGCCAGUUCAGGCCUGAAAAGAAUCAUGCUUUACAGAUCAAAGCCUUUGCUAAGAUGUUAAAUGAGAAAGCAGCUGAGUCACACCCUUCACUUAAACUUGUCCUUAUUGGAGGGUGUCGAAACAAAGAUGAUGAGCUUCGAGUAAGCCAGCUGAGAAAACUAUCUGAGAAUUUGGGAGUCCAAGAAAAUGUGGAAUUUAAAAUAAACAUUUCAUUUGAUGAAUUGAAGAAUUACCUAUCUGAAGCAACAAUUGGGCUGCAUACCAUGUGGAAUGAGCAUUUUGGGAUUGGAAUUGUCGAGUGUAUGGCAGCUGGCACAAUUAUCCUUGCUCACAAUUCAGGAGGCCCAAAGCUUGACAUUGUCAUUCCUCAUGAAGGACAAAUAACUGGAUUUCUGGCGGAGAGUGAAGAAGGCUAUGCUGAAACCAUAGCUCAUAUUCUCUCUCUAUCUGCAGAAAAGAGGCUUCAAAUCAGAAGGACUGCUCGAGCGUCUGUGAGCAGGUUUUCUGACCAGGAGUUUGAAGUGUCAUUCCUGUCUUCUGUGGGGAAGUUACUUACGUAAUGCCAAAUUUGUAACAUUCUAGAUAAUUUCUACAAAAUGGAGCUGAGGGUGUGGAACAGAGGUAGAACCUGUGAUUGUUGUGUGCAAGGUCCUGCAUUCCAUAUCCAACAUCAAAAAGAGGAAAUGCUUCAUUUUGAAACAUCGUGACAUGUAAAUAUUUUCUAAAUGCAUUCUGUAUUGUAAUAAAGACAACCUGAGCAAUAUUCUCAGCAAUGUGUAUAUACACAAGGAAGUAUUUAACAAAAUGACAAAAUUAGCUGUAUGGAAAAAGUAAUCUCAUGUAGCUUAAUGUGUAUUAGUAUUUUGUCUCAAAAUCUGAACAAUGCAAAUCUCAGAGAAAAAAAUUAUCAAAUUUUUAUAUACUCAUCUUUUAACUUUUUUUAAUCUCUUCCUUUCCCUGUGUUAAUCCUUCAGUGCUCCUGCCUCCACUCCCAGAAUGUUAAGGUUGUAGGAAUGCACAAACAAGUCCAGUGUAUGAUGGAACCCGGGGCCUCAGGAAGCUAGACAAGCACUCUACCAACUGAGUUACAUCCUAAGCCCCACAUCCUAUUUUUCAAAUCGCUUUACUUUAGAAGAAAAUUUUUGCUAGGUUUGUAUUUGUUUUAUGAUGCUGGAGAUAGAAUGUAGAGCCUCAAAGUAUGUUACAAGAGCAGGGACAUUUGAAUUCCCAGCAGCACAGAAUGCACUGGGCCAAUCUCAGCCAAAGACUUCCCUCCAGAGAAAAUGGAAGUGCCAAGAGAAACAGCAGAUAAUCAAUUGGCUGGCACUUUGAAAUUUAUUCUUCUAUUUUUGGAAUAAAUUCUGUUUGAGGGGUGAACUUAGAGAUUAAACCUGGAGCCAUGCUCAUGGUACACAAGUGUUCUAACCAGUGAGUGCUUUACCCCCAACCCCAGGAGUCCUGGCAAACAGCAGCAUGGCUAACCCUUUUAAGUGUACCUAAUAAUUUUCUUAAAAGGAAAAAGCAGCUUCAAACAGGCAACUCUAAUCCUACUCCAAAGCAUCAGUCAAGAGAUGGAAUGACUGAUUUCUUCCUGGGUGUGUACAGGUAGGUUGAAGUCAAAACACAGACAACAAUCUUUCCCAUAACUAGGUUUGUGUGGAAUUUGGGUUUUGUUUAGAGCCUACCACAGCUCUUUUCUGUGGGUUUCUAUCCUUAACAGCCCCACCCACUUAAGUCUGAAAGUCAGCCUCAAUGCAUUCAAGAGAAUAUCAAGCUAAGUUGCUUUUCUGAAACUGAUCGUGUCAUAUCAUGGUGCCCCUAUAAUGUGAAGGAUCGUGAGAUGGCAUUUUGGAAAAAGUGCCAGGUGGUAGUUAGCAUACUGGGCUGGACCUCGCUUCACCAUUUAUAGCUAUCUGACCUGCUAACACUAAAGCUAAGCCUUAAUUUUUUUGAUUCUUGGGUGUUUCAUCUGAAAUCAAGCUAUUAAUACCUUCAGAAUUGUGAUACAAGAUGUGAAGUGUAUGAAGCUACUCUGAAGAUUAAGCAUUGCUUUAGUAAAAGUAACAACAGUCUAGAUACAGUGACUAGAUUGGGGAAAUGGUGUCAGGGUAGCUUUUAGGGAAGGGAGAAGGAGGUAAAUAAAGGAGGGAGGCUGAAAAAAUAAAAAUGUCUGAAAAAGCCACCUGUAAUACAUGUAAUUCUGUGUAUAAGUAAGCAUAAAUAAUUUUAAUGAACUUUUCUCAUGUGGGCUGAUGGUACUUCCUCCAAGAGCUAAAGACCACCUAACAAAAAUCAGGGUUAUGACCUGGUGUUCUGACCCUCAGCCCACUAUGUUAUUUUAUGGCUCGUCUUUGAGGUAAUAUUUGGCUAGAGCUCACACAGCCUACCCAUGCACACAAAAAUAUGGGACCAAAGAUUACAGAAAUUGGAAUGAAGAAAACAGGAUGUGAUGAAAGAAAGGAUUCUUGAUUUCUUAACACUAUUACACUAACUUCAAAAUUAUUUUCAUGUAUCCAAAGCAUAAAAUACGGUUUACAUGUAUAUUCUUUUCUGUGUUCCUAACAAGGUACUGAAGUUUUUUGGUUUUUUUUACUAGAUUUCAGGUACUGUGCAAAAUAUCAAAGCUCAUCUUUAACUGUUUCUAAGAAACUUCUGAGAGGCUGUUAAGUCCUCUACAGUUGUGAUUUUUCAGUGGUCCAAGCCUUCUGUUUUGAGUCCACAGCAGUGGGGAUUCACAUUCCUAUCUACAAUGAGUGAUAGCACAACUGUGAAGUAUAUGUUACAUAGUCUUUGUAUAAUAUAUUUAUAAAUAAUUGUGAUGUGGAGCUAUUGAUACAAAAUCCACUUGUAUCUAAAUCUGAUGGGUGAUUUCUAAUUCAAUUAAAAUAUUUUUCCACUUCUUCUUUUCCCUCAGACUCUUCCUACCUCUGGAAUUCAUUAUCUCUUUUUCUUUAAUUAUUAUUGCUACAUGUAUGCAAAUAAAUAUGUAAAUGCAA